CCGAUCUCUCCCCGCCUAACGCCUCCCCCUUGCCCGGCGCGGCCAUGGCGGCUCCGCGGCUCCGGCGCUGAAGCGACAAAGCAAUGGCAGGGCCCAACGCGGCCCCUCCGCGUCUGGCUUUGGCCGUAGCCGCUUUAGCGGCUUUAGUCGCCGUUAAAUAUUACCGGGACGCUGAAACCGCCCGGCAGCAGGAGCUGGCAAUGAAGUCUCUGGGAAGCGAGGGACUCUUCCUCUUCUCUUCUCUGGACACAAACAAUGAUCUCUACCUCAGCCCAGAGGAGUUCAAGCCCAUAGCUGAGAAGCUGACAGGGGUUGCUCCCAACUCCGACUUUGAAGAGGAGGAGACUCCUGAUCCCAGCGGGGAGACCCUGUCUGUGGUGGCUAAAUUCCAGCCGCUGGUGAUGGAAACGAUGACGAAGAGCAAAGAUGGGUUCCUGGGGAUUUCUCACGUUGCUCUCUCUGGGCUGAGGAACUGGACAGCCCCAGCAGUCCCUAUGAGUGUGCUGCUUGCCAGGCAGUUUAAAGCCUUUCUUCCUCCAAAGAAUAAAGUGGAUCUGGGGGAUCCGUGGUGGAUCAUUCCCAGUGAGCUGAACAUCUUCACUGGCUACCUGCCCAACAACAGAUUUUAUCCCCCUCCUCCCAAGGGCAAAGAGGUCAUCAUCCACAAGCUCCUGAGCAUGUUCCACCCACGCCCCUUCGUCAAGAGCCGCUUUGCUCCCCAGGGAGCUGUGGCCUGCAUCCAAGCCAUCAGCACCUUCUACUACACCAUAGCCUUCAGGAUCCACGCUGAGUUCCAGCUGAACGAGCCACCAGACUUCCCCUUCUGGUUCUCCCCAGGCCAGUUCACAGGGCACAUUGUCCUCGCCAAGGACUCCUCCCACGUCCGCGACUUUAAGCUCUUUGUUCCCAACAGCAGGUCUCUGAACGUUGACAUGGAGUGGCUGUAUGGGGCCAGUGAGAGCAGCAACAUGGAAGUGGACAUCGGUUACCUGCCUCAGAUGGAGCUGGAAUCAACAGGACCUUCCAUCCCCUCUGUGAUCCACGAUGAGAACGGAAAUGUGAUUGACAGCAGGGACCCCUCGGGAGAGCCCAUCCAGUUUGUGUUCGAAGAGAUAGCCUGGCAGCAGCAAAUCCCCUGGGAAGAGGCAGCCCGGAGGCUGGAGGUGGCCAUGUAUCCAUUUAAGAAGGUCUCCUACCUGCCCUUCACACAAGCUUUUGAGAGAGCAAAAGCAGAGAAGAAGCUGGUGCACUCGAUCCUGCUGUGGGGUGCCCUGGAUGAUCAGUCUUGCUGAGGCUCGGGGCGAACUCUCCGGGAGACUGUCCUGGAAAGUUCGCCCAUCCUCGCCCUGCUGAACCAGAGCUUCGUGAGCAGCUGGUCCCUGGUGAAGGAGCUGGAGGAGCUGCAGAGCAACAGAGAGAAUGAGUUGCACAGCAAGCUGGCUGCCCUGCACCUGGAGAAGUACAACUUCCCCGUGGAGAUGAUCAUCUGCCUGCCCAACGGCACUGUGGUUCACCACAUCAAUGCCAACUACUUCCUGGAUAUAACUUCCAUGAAGCCUGAAGAUGUUGAAAGUAACAUCUUUAGUUUCUCGACCAAUUUUGAGGACCCUUCGACUGCAACUUACCUCCAGUUCCUGAAGGAAGGACUGCAAAGAGCAAAACCAUACCUGCAGAGCUAAGAACAAAGGCACCUGAGUGCCCCACAGAAAUGGCCAAAGACUUCAGAGACCAGAGCAGUUCUUCCUCAUCUUCGUGCCAGAUGCAGACAGUCCCAGGACUGGGGCCUGGCUCUGGGUGCUGGUGUGAGGCCAGGUUCCAAGUGCUGCCAGUUUACAUCCUCUGCCCCUGCUGACCUCAGGAGUGAAAGGACUUGAAUCUGUGAACGUUCAGGGGCACAGGCCAUGGUUUGCCACCCACCUGCUGUUUGGCAGCUGCUGCUCAGCCCUGUGGUGCAAGUAGUGCAGCAGCCAGGCCAGGGCUCACCCAGAGGCCCUGAUCUCCAGGACUGGGCUGUGUUGGAGAACAGCAACCCAACACUCAUGAACUCUGCCUGUGCCCUCUGGGCUCUGGUGCAGGAUCCAGCCUAGCUGGCAAGCUCCCUCCUGGUCUCUGGUGUCCUCCACAGCUCCCACCAGUGCAGCCCUGAGCUGUAAGCUGCCCUGGUGGCUUGGGUACCAGCAGCUACUGGCAGUGCUGGCAGCCAGUGCUUGAUGGGGCUGUAGCUGGUAAGGUGUAGAUGGGAGCACAGGAGGUUGGGGCUGGAGGCUCGAGCUCUGGAGUGGCCUCCCAGCACCCUGGAGGACAGAGUGGUCUCACUUGCUCAGGUUCUUUGCAUCUGAGGGAGGUGCUGAGGCUGAUCCAGUGAGAUGAGGAAGGGAGGCCAAGGUGCAGCUGUGGAUUAACUCGGCCUGGGAGGUGAGGGCCCAGAGCCCCUCUUAGCUCCACCAGUGCUGCACUCCAGGCUAUGGGACAGGGCAGUGAGCAGUGCCCCCAGCCCCAGCUGCUUCCUCCUCACCAGCUCCAAGAGCUUUGUUCUCCCAGGCUCUCCUCAAAGAUGCUGAAGUGUUCUGUCCUCGUUUGCUUUGAGCUUCCAGAUGACACUGAACCAUCAGGGUUCCUUCUGGGAAUCCUGAGGGCAUUAACUGGUUGAGGACUGAGCAGUUCCACUAAAGAACCUCUGAGGAGAGCUUUUCCCAGGAAGUCGUUGGGACACAGCACUGUUGUCCCUUACCUGGAACCACCCUGAGCCUGGCUACCAGUGCCUGGCUACAGAGUGAGCACAGUUUGGAGAGGGAAAGGUUAAAUGAAGAGAGUUUGGAAGUCUGUUCCUGUAGACAGGUGAGGAGGCAAAGCAUCUGCAGCAGGUGGCUGCCCACAGCCCUGCCUGUUGAUGCUUUUUCUGCUCUGAAGCACAAUUUCCUUGGACCAAAUCAAACAGGGGGAAAGCCUUUGGGGUUUUAUUUUUCAUUGGAAGGGGCAUUUGCAUUCCUGGGCUCCAGGACCUUGGAGGAGCCCAGGGGUGGCAAUUACCCUGUCCCUACCCUCCCCCACCCCCUCUGUCUGUAUCUGUGGCUGGAGGCUGAGCCCAGACAGAGCUCUGGGCUGAGGCAGUCAUAGCUCCAUUCAUUGCUCUGGCGAGAUGAACUCCCCCUGGGAUGUUUCUCAGUGUUGGCUUUGUAACUAUGCAUUAGCUCUGCACUGCCCUCUCCCUCCAAGGGCCCUGCAGCAAUGACAGGCUGGCAUCUGGCAACAGUGCAGAAGGUGCCAAAGGCCCUGGGCAGUGUUCAAGAUCCAGCUCCUGUCACAGCAGCAGCCUUGUCCCUUAGGGGAACUCUGGUCUGGUCCCCCUGGGACACGGCCUGAGCAGGAGUGCAGAGCAGACUGAGUGCCUGCCUCCCCUGGCUCCUCGGGAGGCACAGACCUGCCCUUCUGGCUUCUACAAAGCUCCACGGGAGGUAUUUUUGCUGCACCUUCCCUGAGCCUCCCUUGGUCAGGGGCUUCAGACCUCGACUGUCAGUUGUGCUGGGUCCCUCCCGUUGGUUUUCCUCCCCCGUUUUUGCAGGCAGGGACUGCCUUUGUCUGCCCAGGGCCUGGAGGAGCAGGCACAGCAGCGGCUCUGCCUCCUGCCUGCCAAGCUCAGCACUCGCAAGAGGCAGCAUCGCUCCUUUGAGCCUGCAGCUGCAGAACUGGCAGGGACAGCGCCAGGGGACCCCCGGGAGCACCUCGGUGUGCCCCUGCUGAGCUGUGGGCCCUGCCUGGAGCCAUCAGAGUGCUGCUGUGAGCUCGGGGUCAGUCUGAAGGACGGCAGGAGGAACGCAAGGAGCAGGGGACUCCCCUGCCUCCCUGUUAACGCGUUCCCUGCCCGCGGGCUGCAGCCAGAAGCCAUCGCCUGAGGCUUCACUAACGGCGCCAAGCUUAGUGCCUCCCUCUGUGCACUCGGCUUUAUUCGGGCGGCUUUGAGACCGCGGGGGCAGGAGGUGCUGCUUUCCCCCACCCCUCCUGAGCUUUGUGACGCCCUGGUCUGAAACCCACGGAGCGGGGCCAGGGCUGAUGUCUGCCAGCGAGGGUCGGGGGGCAGCAGCUCCGCGCGGUCCGGUGCCGGUUCGGCGGGGAGGGCCCGGAGGGUCCCGGCUGUAGCUGCACUCCUUAAAGCCAUCUCACA